CGACGGCCCAGCCAAAAUCUCUUUUCGGAUCAUCCUUCUGCAUACAUCCGAAGCCGGGAGGGUGUCGCAAAUAUCCAGAUGUCAACUGAAAUCGUUUCUAGGGGCUGAUUUAUUGGUUGGACGACAGCCUAACCAAUUGACAAUACGCAAUUACUCGAGCCUAAAGAUUACGACGACUCGGUCUUUAUUUCGUUCUUUUUGUUCCGUGUACUGGUAGUGCUUGGGAACAAGCGACGCACAGCUGCAACAGGCAGGCCAAACCACCACCGUUAACGCAGCGUCGCAUCAGAAGUGGCUGCGUUAUACGCCAAAAAAGCGUCGUUUCCAAGAGCGGCGUUUCGGAGAAUCUACCAACCUCAGUAAUUAGAGACAAGGCUCGAGUGCAUGUCAGCCGCCAACACAGAGCGUUUGAAAGAUGAGGGCUCGAAAUUACAGGUCGUUGUUGCGGGCGCAACGGCCGGGAUGAUAGCCCGCUUCGUCAUCGCUCCUCUCGAUGUCGUCAAAAUUCGCCUCCAGCUGCAGACGCACUCGCUCUCCGACCCGCUGUCGCAGAGAGCGGAGCUGCUGCGUGGCGGGCCGGUGUACAAGGGCACCUUGUCUACUAUGCGGCACAUAGCCCGCCAGGAGGGGAUCACGGGCCUCUGGAAGGGCAACGUUCCUGCCGAGCUGCUCUACAUCACCUACUCGGCUGUGCAGUUCGCUACGUACCGAAGCGCGGCCCAGCUGCUUCACCGUGUGGCCGGCGAGGACCGCCAGCUCCCGGCCGCCGCGGAGUCCUUUGUGGCUGGCGCCGCCGCAGGAGUAACAUCGACCACGGUUACGUACCCGCUCGAUCUCCUGCGAACCCGCUUUGCUGCCCAGGGCAGUGGCGACGAUCGCGUGUACCAGUCAUUGCGUCGGGCCGUGGCGGAUAUCUGGCGCGACGAAGGUUAUAGGGGUUUCUUCCGUGGGAUAGGGCCAGCAGUCGGCCAGACGUUUCCCUUCAUGGGUAUCUUUUUCGCGGCCUACGAAUCGUUGCGGGCUCCGCUGGCUGAUCUAAAGCUUCCAUUCUGGGGCGGACAGCUUGCCCUCGCGAGUAUGACCGCUAGCACCCUGGCCAAGACGGCCGUCUUCCCGCUUGAUCUCGUGCGCAGGCGGAUUCAGGUUCAGGGGCCGACGAGGUCCAAAUAUGUGCACAAAAACAUCCCAGAGUAUAAAGGGACGUUUUCGACCAUAAGCACAAUAGCCAGGACUGAAGGCUUCAGGGGGCUAUAUCGCGGGCUGACUGUUAGUCUGAUAAAAUCAGCCCCAGCCAGUGCCGUGACUAUGUGGACCUACGAAAGAGUGCUUAGAGCUCUCAUUACAUUCCAGUCCGGGAGGCAAGAUUAGAGAGAGUAUGCACGGUAAGGUGCGACGGUAUAGAGUCUAGUUCUAGUUCUAGAUUGUGGGCCUAGACUUGGGCAAGGCUAUUCUAAGCCUGUUUACCCUCAGAAACAUACUGUAUAAUAUAAUACGUCAAUAACUCUGUAAACCGUACAUUUGAUCUUUGUUUUCUUGGA